AUGGGGAGAGAAUCUUAUAUGAGGAAAGUGAAAGAGAAGGCAGUUGAGGAAGAAGAUUAUCAACAAGAAGAUGAAUUUGAACCCACUCCGGAUCCUGAAGAUCAAAUGACCCUCCAUCAUUACAUGGCUUCAAGAGGAACACUCAUUCAUUCCUCACUCUGUUCUGAGGCUAUCCCAAAGAAGCCCCUGAGAUCUAGGAGAUUAAGCAGAAAACAGGGGAAGUUGAGGAUUGCUGCUGGUAGUAAUUUUGAAGUCCCAUCUUCUGUUAUGGACAGAGCACAAGAAUUUCGAUCAAGUCUUGAUGCACGAUUCCCCAGCAUCAUAAAAGCAAUGCUUCGUUCGCAUGUUACAUGGGGUUUUUGGCUUGGCCUUCCGGCAGCUUUUUGCAAAAUGUAUAUGCCAGAUCAUGAUGAGAUAUGUAUCUUGGAAGACGAAGAUGGUGAAAAAUUCGAAACAAAGUACCUUGUUGGUAAAAUGGGGCUUAGUGGAGGCUGUAGAGGUUUUGCUAUUGCACACAACUUGAGCGAGGGUGAUGCCGUUAUUUACCAUUUGGUCGAAACAUGCAAAUUCAAGGUUUUCAUAGUUAGAGCAACUAAUGUAGGCGAAAUGGAUGCUGAUAGAGCCCUUUCACCUUUUAAAGUAGGAUGGAAAUUUGGGUGA